GUCCCGCAUUACGUCAUGCGCGGUUUGGACGAAUUUUGAAUCGAAAGUCAGCAUACCUUUAAUAUGUGUAUCGUGAUCUAGAUCCAAUUAACAGUAAAAGGCUAGUCAUGUUGUCACUGCAAACGUCUAGAAGACAUUUAUAAUUUAGUUUAGAACACAAAUAUUUAAAAAAUAUUUUUUUAAACAAAGCAACAAAAUGAUCAUUUCUGCGUUUACUAAAUUUAGGACAUCUAAACCAACGCAAAUUCCUGGUUUGUGUUUUAGAACUUUUAAUACUUCACCACAGAAUAAUUUCCAUGUUGCUGUACUUGGUGCAAGUGGAGGAAUAGGCCAGCCUCUUGGUAUGCUGUUAAAAGUAAAUCGACUAAUUUCCAAAUUGACUUUAUACGAUCUUCAACAUACUAUGGGAGUUGCAGCUGAUUUGUCUCAUAUUGAAACUCCUGCUAAAGUUAAAGGAUUCGUUGGUAAAGACAAACUCUGUGAAGCAAUAGAAUGUGCUAAUAUAGUCGUUAUACCAGCAGGUCUGCCCAGAAAACCAGGUAUGACUAGAGAUGAUCUAUUUAAUAAAAACGCAUCUGUGGUGAGAGAUCUUGUGGCAUGUGUAGCUGAUACCGCACCAAAAGCUCUUAUUGGAAUAAUUACUAAUCCAAUUAAUGCUGUUAUUCCCAUCGCUUGUGAAGUUCUUAAAAAGAAAUGUAAAUUGGAUCCCCGCCGUGUUUUUGGAAUAACCACAUUGGAUAUUGUUCGUGCUAACACUUUUGUUGCUUCAUUAUCUGGAGUUUCACCCCUAGAAGUUAAUGUUCCUGUCAUUGGUGGUCAUUCUCCCGAAACAAUCAUUCCAGUGUUUUCCAGAGCUACUCCAGGUGUUAAGGUGUCUGAAGAUAAAGUUAAAACAUUGACGAAGAGAAUAAAGGAAGCAGGUACAGAGGUUGUAAAAGCGAAAGCUGGUACUGGUUCUGCUACACUUUCCAUGGCAUAUGCUGCCGCUAGAUUUACAAAUUCCCUUCUUAGAGGUCUUGCUGGAGAAAAAAAUGUAGUUGAAUCUUCUUAUGUACAGUCUGAUGUUGUGUGCGAUAUCAGUUACUUUGCAACUCCUCUGGUACUUGGGAAAAAUGGCAUUGAAAAAAAUUUGGGCGUUGGAAAGCUAAAUAAAUUUGAAGAAGAUCUUGUGAGGAAAGCACUGCCAGUACUAAAGAAAAACAUAGCGACUGGUUGUAAAAGCGAAAGCAGGUACUGGUUCCGCCACACUUUCAAUGGCUUACGCUGCCGCAAGAUUUACAAAUUCCCUUCUUAGAGGUCUCGCUGGAGAAAAGGAUGUAAUAGAACCAUCAUAUGUCCAAUCAGAUGUUGCGUGUGGUAUUAAUUACUUUGCCAGUCCUCUUGUGCUUGGUAAGAAUGGAAUUGAAAAAAACCUUGGCAUAGGAAAGCUGAACAAAUUUGAAGAAGAACUUCUAAAAAAAGCUAUUCCGGUAUUAAAGAAAAACAUUGCAACCGGAGUUAAAUUUGUAAGCAAAUAGGUUCUUUUGUAGUUAACGUAAUAUAUAAUUUUUUAUACAUA